AUGAAGGACGAGCAUCCGUUGUUAGCAGACAAACCCAUAUUUGCUGAUCUACAGAGCAAGGCCAAUAACAAGGUCAAUGUUUCAUCCAAAACAAACAUACCAGAAACAUCUCACGACUUUUGUAACCAUUCUGAGUCCUUUAAGAUGCUAAUCGAGAUGGGACUUCCGUGCAAUGAAACUGUGGAGGAAAAGCUAUCCUGGUUGCGGUCCCAGAUCAUUGGUAACGAUGCAGGGUUCGAUUCUCCAUUUGGAAGAAGAAAACUUGUCUAUGCUGAUCACACUGCUACGGGCCGCAGCCUUCACUACAAUGAAAACUUCAUCAUGAAUCAUCUUCUUCCUUUCUAUGGAAAUACUCACACUUGCGACAGUUACGUGGGAAGCAGGACAACAAAAAUGGUACACGAAGCAACUGAGUACAUUAAGAAAUGCUUAGGUGGUGGAGAAAACGAUGCAAUUAUGUUAUGUGGCUCAGGCACAACUUCAGCCAUCAAAAGGUUGCAAGAAGUAAUGGGAAUUGCUGUGCCCUCUAUUUUGAGGGAAAGGUUUUUGAAUAGCCUCACCACACAAGAAAGAUGGGUUGUUUUUGUUGGACCCCAUGAGCACCAUUCCAACCUCCUUUCAUGGAGGCAGAGCUUGGCUGAAGUGGUAGAGAUUGGCUUAGAUGACGAGGGGUUGGUGGAUAUGGAAGCUCUAAAGCUACAACUUGAGGGCUACAAAUAUACCAACAGACCCAUGUUGGGAUCAUUCUCAGCUUGUAGCAAUGUCACUGGAAUCUACUCAGAUACAAGAGCAAUUGCUCAGCUUCUUCAUCAGUACAAUGGCUAUGCAUGCUUUGAUUUCGCAGCAAGUGGUCCAUAUGUGGAGAUUGAGAUGAGGUCAGGGGAGAGUGAUGGGUAUGAUGCUGUGUUCGUAAGUCCACAUAAGUUUCUUGGUGGUCCUGACUCUCCUGGAGUGCUUCUCAUGAGCAAGGAUCUCUACCUGUUAAGAUCUUCACCACCAUCAACUUGUGGAGGUGGAACUGUGACUUACGUCAAUGGCUUCGAUGAAAAGGAUACAUUGUACAUGGAGAACAUAGAGGAAAGGGAAAAUGGGGGAACCCCACCAAUAAUCCAGACAGUGAGAGCGGCAUUGGCAUUUUGGGUGAAAGAAUAUAUCAGCUGCCAAGAGAUUGAAAAACGUGAACAACUUUACAUUAACAAGGCACUUAAGAGACUCAUCUCGAACCCCAACAUUGAAGUUCUUGGAAACUUAAGCACCAAACGACAAGCUAUAUUGUCAUUUGUCAUUUAUUGUACCACUCAUUCUUUAUCAGGUAAUGAAUGGCAAGAUGAUAACCAGAAUCAAGAAAAUGAAGGGGAACUUAAUUUAUGGGCAGAGUCAGGGAACAAAAGAGGUAAGUUACUUCAUGGCCCUUUUGUUGCAACACUGCUAAAUGACCUCUUUGGCAUCCAAGCUCGAGGUGGGUGUGCUUGUGCUGGACCUUACGGUCACCAAUUGCUCAAUAUCAACAAAUCUCAAUCUCUUGCUGUUAGAUCAGCAAUUCAAGAGGGUUAUGUUGGAGUGAAACCUGGAUGGACAAGAGUUAGUUUUCCUUAUUACAUGGACGAACUAGAGUUUGAGUUCAUUUUAACUGCUAUUGAGUUUGUAGCUAACUAUGGCCAACGAUUCCUUCCCCUGUAUAGCUUUAAUUUGAGAAAUGGCAGCUGGAGAAUGAAGACACAAGAACUUGAGGCUCUAACCAAUGAAAAGAAUUGCAACUUCAGAAAAGAAUUGCAACUUCAGGUUGGGAUGUUGAGAAGGAAAUCAUACUUAGACACUGCUAAAUAUAUUGCUAGUUGCCUCUCCAAGUUCCCUUCCCAGAGCAUACUCCAAGGUGAUGUAAAUCAUGGUUACAAAAAUCUGCCCGAUUUAGGAUCCGGUGGACCGAUUAUGUAUUUGACCCGGAACCUUAUUCCUCAUCAACCAUUUCAAUUUACUUCAACAGAGUUCAUCACCUACUCUUCUAUACGAUGA